ACUGCUCAGCCCCGAGGCGGUGAGCGCUGCCGCAGUCGCGCAGGGAGCCCUGAGCCCGAGCCCAGCCCAGAGGCCGUCUGCUCGCUGCCCACAGCACCAUGGAUCUGCACCUCUUCGACUACUCGGAACCAGGGAACUUCUCCGACAUCAGCUGGCCAUGCAAUGGCAGCGACUGCCUCGUUGUCGACACGGUGCUGUGUCCCAACAUGCCCAACAAGAGCGUGCUCCUGUACACGCUGUCCUUCAUUUACAUCUUCAUCUUCGUGACCGGCAUGAUCGCCAACUCCGUGGUGGUCUGGGUGAACAUCCAGGCCAAGACCACCGGCUAUGACACGCACUGCUACAUCCUCAACCUGGCCAUCGCCGACCUGUGGGUGGUGGUCACCAUCCCCGUCUGGGUGGUCAGCCUCGUGCAGCAUAACCAGUGGCCCAUGGGAGAGCUCACGUGCAAGAUCACCCACCUCAUCUUUUCCAUCAACCUGUUCGGCAGCAUCUUCUUCCUCACGUGCAUGAGCGUGGACCGCUACCUCUCCAUCGCCUACUUUGCUGGCACCUCGAGCCGCCGGAAGAAGGUGGUCCGCCGUGCCGUCUGUGCACUGGUGUGGCUGCUGGCCUUCUGCGUGUCCCUGCCCGACACCUACUACCUGAAGACCGUCACGUCGGCAUCCAACAACGAGACCUACUGCCGCUCCUUCUACCCCGAGCACAGCGUCAAGGAGUGGCUCAUCAGCAUGGAGCUGGUCUCUGUGGUCUUGGGCUUCGCCAUCCCCUUCUGCAUCAUCGCCAUCUUUUACUGCCUGCUGGCCCGAGCCAUCGCCGCAUCCAGCGACCAGGAGAAGCAAAGCAGUCGCAAAAUCAUCUUCUCUUAUGUGGUGGUCUUCCUUGUGUGCUGGCUCCCCUACCAUGUGGUGGUGCUCCUGGACAUCUUCUCCAUCCUCCACUACGUCCCCUUCACCUGCCAGCUGGAGAACUUCCUCUUCACGGCUCUGCACGUCACGCAGUGCCUGUCGCUGGUGCACUGCUGCGUCAACCCCGUGCUCUACAGCUUCAUCAAUCGUAACUACAGGUACGAGCUGAUGAAGGCCUUCAUCUUUAAGUACUCGGCCAAGACAGGUCUCACCAAGCUCAUCGAUGCCUCCAGGGUGUCGGAAACAGAGUACUCCGCCUUGGAGCAGAACACCAAGUGACGCGCCUUGUGGGGUCUCCGGGACAAGUCUGCUUGCUUUCUCCAUGGCACUGGCUUGCGUCGUUCCCAAGAGUAAAGCAAGGUGGCUUCAGGGUUUGAGGCUGGAGUCGCGUGGAGAGGGGAAUGGGGGCCGCCGAGCAUCCUUUCCCUCUUUCUCGGGCUGUGGCGGUGGCUCUCAUGCGAGGCUGUGCGUCCUGAUGCGUCCACGGCCCGUCGUGUGUCUAAGCCUGCCUCGGGGCAGGCUAGCCUGCACUUCUGUACAAUAGGACGUUCUGUGUUCCCUGGAGGUUUUACAUGGUGAUUUGUAUUUAAAUCUUAAGACUUUUAUUUUCUCAUUAUCGGUGUACCUUAUAAAUGUAUUGAAAGUUUAAAUAUAUUUUAAAUAUUGUAUGGGAGCUAUAAUGCUGACAUAUAUUCAGAGUGUUGUAGUUUUAAGGCUAGUUGGAUUUCAGUUUUGACUAAGGAUGACAUUAACUGUUAGCUGUUUUGAAAUUUUAUAUAUAUAUAUAUAUAAAAAUCUAUAAAUCUAUAAAUCUAUGCCAGUCCUGGCUGAAAUGUUUUAUUUACGAUAGUUUUAUAUAUGUGUGGUGCUCUGUACCGGCAUGGGAUAUGGAACAGGAAUAACUCUGUAAAGCAGUUUGUGAUAUUCAUAGUUUUGUAAAGUUACAUUAAAAAGAAGCAAAAUGGAGCAAAACUGUUCCAGGCUGCAAUGCUGUGCACAACAUGAACAGUCUCGUUUCAGAGAGUUCUCUCAAUUUUGUAAGUUAUUUUUUUUUUUAAAUAAAGAUUUGUUUCUCCUAAAAAGGCA